ACUGCAACACUUGGAAGUGACUAGACUCGAGGACGUUUAAGACUCGUCCAGGGAGAGUAAAGAAGCGGACCCUCAACGUUUGAGCUUCACUUUCCGCGGCCUUACAAGUUGUCCGUGAAUGCGUCAGCAGGGCUCCGGGGUGGACCGCUGUUAAGGGAAGAAACCGCGGUGUUGAAUACUACCGAGACCCGGUCAGCAGCUGGACGGAUCCGAACCGGACUCUCGCGGGCUCUCGGGUCAUGUGAUCGGGUCUUCUCCUGAUGGCAGCCAUGUUUAUCUCAAGCCAGAUACUCAUAGUGCUUCUGGUCCCUCUGUGGUCCUCUGUGAGCCAGACUUGGGGCACAACUGGACCACGACUGCAGAUCUCGCACUCAGAACUGAAAAAUGGAUCGGCUGUGUUCUGGGAGCCUGGGGUGCAGGCGGGGCUCCAGGUCCUGCUGCUGGACGAGGACCACGGCUGGCUGUUGGUGGGCGGGAAGGACCAUGUCUACCUGCUGGACUCAGACCGACUGGACCAGCCUGCACACUCGAUCUACUGGCCACCCCCCCGGGAGCACGUGGAACUUUGCAUCUUGGCAGGAAAGAGUCCGGAGAAUGAGUGUGCCAACUUUGUCCGGCUGCUGCAGACGGUCAACAAGACGCAUGUGUUCGUGUGUGGAACUGGAGCCUUUAACCCACAGUGUGGGUUCCUGCUGCUCGGGCGCCACACACAGCAGACAACCUUCUCCAUUUUUGACGUUCCGGAGUCGGGUCGAGGAAAAUGUCCCUUCAGUCCCACAGAACCAUUUACUGCCUUGCUAACUGAUGGGGAAUUGUAUGCUGGAACUUCGGUCGACUUCAUGGGGGCCAAUGCUGCCGUGUUCCGCACGUCCGUCCAGGGAAACGUCCAUCACUACAUCCGCACAGAGGCAUUUGACCACAAUUGGCUGAAUGAACCAGAGUUUGUGGGUUCCUUCUCGGUGCCGGACACUCUCAGUCCUGACGACGACAAAGUCUACUUCUUCUUCAGGGAGGCGGCGGUGGAGGCGGGUCAGUGGGACAAGCGUGUGUUCAGUCGGGUCGCUCGAGUCUGCAAGGUAGAUCCCUAUGGUCGGGACGGUUCCGACUCAGGCGUCUCACUCUCAUCUCCGGUCUCGCAGAACGACGUCGGGGGGAAGAGAAGUCUGAUCAACCGCUGGACCACCUUCCUCAAGGCCCGGCUGGUCUGCUCAGUUCCCGGCCCCUCCGGCAUCGACACACACUUCGACCAACUGGUGGACGUUUUCAUCCUAGAGACCAAAGACCCCCAGAACCCGAUUGUCUAUGGAGUCUUCGGCACAUCCAGUUCCGUUUUCAUCGGUUCAGCUGUGUGUGUUUACUCCAUGGCAUCCAUCCGUGCCGCCUUCAACGGACCCUUUGCCCACCGUGAGAGUCCCGACCACCGCUGGGUGGAGUUCAAGGGUCGAGUCCCGUAUCCUCGCCCUGGUGCGUGUCCCAGUGCGACCAACGAUGCCCUCUACAGGUCAACGAAGGACUUUCCAGAUGAUGUGGUCAGUUUCAUGCGACAGCACCAGCUGAUGUGGGAGCCUGUGGUUCCACUGGAGGGGAGACCAGUCCUGACCCGGGUGAACGUGCCCUACAGACUCACCCGGGUGGUGGUAGACCAGGUGGAGGUCGAUGGCAGACCUUACUACGUUCUGCACCUGGGGACAGAUCACGGGAAGCUACUGAAGACAGUGAUGAGAGAGGACUAUAUGUCUGAAGUGAUCCUUCUGGAGGAGCUGACUGUGUUCCAGAGUCCAUCCCCUGUCCUCGGCCUGGAGCUGUCCACCAAGAAGCAACAAGUGUACGUGUUGGGCGAGGGGGCGCUGGUCCAGCUGGAGGUGCAGAGGUGUGAGCGCUAUGGGCCUGAUUGCGCCUCCUGCUGUCUGGCUAAAGACCCAUACUGCUCCUGGGAUGGCCAAACCUGCUCCAGGCUUUUCCCCAACAGCAAGAGAAGGUCCCGCAGGCAGGAUGUGAAGCAUGGCGACCCAUGGAGUCAGUGUCCCGCUACAGAAGAGUCAGACUCGGUGCCAGUCCAGACACUUUUCGCCGUGGCGGGAAACUCCAGCUUCCUGGAAUGUGAGUCAAGGUUACCACAGAUGAACGUCAGCUGGGCAGUGAAGCGCCAUGAUGGGGCUCAAACUACUGCUCCUGAGAUUCUCACAUUUCACACCGACGAUGGACGCCACCUCCACAUCAGCCGAGGGUUGCUGGUUCUACGCCUGCAGCCUGAGGACUCGGGUCUUUACACCUGCAGCGUCCGUGAGCACUCGUACACCCGUAUUCUGGCCCGCUACCGUCUCCACGUGGUGCCGGACCUCCUCCUCCGGGCACACCGACACCACGACCAGCAGGGUACUCUCGGGACGGCUGAGCUGAAGGGCUUCCUGGGCCAUACUGAAGCUCGGCCACAGCCUUUGCCGGGUCACAGUAGCCUGUGGCCUCCUCGGCAGCAGCUCGUCCGUAGCUACAAAGACCUGCUGAUGGGAGGAACCGCUGAUCUGGACCGGCACUGUGAGCAGCUCUGGCUCAGAGAAAAACGUCGGCAGCAGAAACUUCGUGCAUUGAAGUUGAAGCAAGAGAGCAAAAAGGCCCGGGUGCGGAGGAACUACCCUCCGGAGAGUCGCCUUUAAACCAGCAGAACUGGCUGGUCAGACAUUUUGUUUACUCCAGUGACACCUGUUGGCUCACAUCAGCAACAGCUGAGGACCGCUACAAAGGGCACUUUCACUAGUAACCGCCUGGCUGUUGCGCUAGUCAGAAUCUGUAAAUGAGGUUAGCACCAUUAUGAGUUUAGCAUAUGCUUGUUACUCCAAGCUACGUGAGCAAGUGAGACAAAAAAAGUGAAUGUAACCCCAGCACUCACGAUCGUGGUCAAGCCAACUCAUUCUUUGGUGUCAGUAACAAGUUUGGCUCCUUGUAUAAAUAUUCUUAACCCAUAUGUUGGUCGUGAAAAUGUGAAUAAUUAUAUAUUUUUACUUCUGUUUAAUAAAGAUAUAAUCCUCACAGUGUUUCUUGUUUGGUUUACAAAAACUGACAUAUUGCAGCAUCAAAAUCGAUAUGUGUAUAAUGAAGUGUUUAAAGUGAACAGUAAUAAAUAUGAU